GGGGUGGUGGGGCGGGUAGGGGCCGGCCUGCCUUUAGGGGCGCCGUCUGGGAAGAGACGGGAGGGACCCCCACCCACCGCCGCCAGCCGAGCUUCAGGCCGUUUCCCCCCGGCCGCAAAACCGACAGCAGCGCCAUCUCCGGAGCGCCAGGCGCCAAGUUGGAAGGGAGGCUCCGAUGGGUUUGGCCCUCCCCUCGGGGUCCCUGGCAGCAGCCUUUGCCCUUUUUUGCUUGCUUUGAUUUGUCCAUCGCUUACAAGAUGAUAGGUAUAAGAAUAACACGAGCAAGAAGAAUACAGGAAACAGCACCCAGAGAGGCCCUCUGCCCAAGAAAUCUCCGGCGGGGGAGGAAAGUCAGCAUUGCCUAUGAACCCCCAGAGGGAAAUGGGGCAGCAGAGGCCCCCCACGCCAAGAAGCAGAAAUGGGAACCGGCCAACUGGGAGCAGCAGCUGGCCAACAUCCGGGAGAUGCGGAGGCAGAGGAAUGCCCCGGUCGACCAGAUGGGAGCUGGGGCUUGCUUUGACAGGGAGGCCCCUGCGGAGGUGAAGCGCUACCAGAUUCUGCUGUCGCUCAUGCUCUCCAGCCAAACGAAAGACCAGGUGACCUCUGCGGCCAUGAUGCGCCUGCGGGAGCACGGCCUGACGGUGGAGCGGAUCCUGGAGACCGACGAGGAGGCGCUGGGCCAGCUCAUUUACCCUGUCGGCUUUUGGAGGAACAAGGUGCGAUAUAUCCAGCAAACCACAGCGAUCCUGAAGCGGGACUAUGCCGGUGACAUCCCGGAAACCGUUGCCGAGUUAGUGAAGUUGCCUGGGGUCGGUCCGAAGAUGGCCCACCUGGUGAUGGCCAUUGCCUGGAAGAACGUCUCUGGGAUCGGUGUGGACACGCACGUACAUCGGAUUUGCAACAGGCUGAAGUGGACAAAAAAGGAAACAAAACUUCCAGAGGAAACGAGGCAAGCCCUGGAAGAAUGGCUGCCCAGGACUCUCUGGAGUGAGAUAAACUGGCUCCUGGUCGGCUUCGGGCAGCAGAUCUGCUUGCCUGUCCGUCCACGUUGCAGCGAGUGCCUCAACAGGAACAUCUGCCCGGCAUCCAUGAAGCGCUGAGGAACACACACACACACACACACACACACACACACACACACACACACAUCCCUGGCCUCUUUGUCUCGGGGCUUCUGUUGCUGGGGAGGAGUUGUUUUCCGCCAGGCUGAGGCUUGGAGCCCGUCCCAGGAACUGCAGUGCCUCCCCAGACGAGGAAGAGGUGGGAACGACCGCACGGAGUCCUCCAUGCCCUCCAGCUCUGGGCACAGAAGUGCCAGGCUGGGAUUUCACACUGCCUCUCGAGCCUCCAUGAAGAGGCUGCUAUCCAGGAAGGAUGGACUUUGCCCAGGAAGCACUUUUAAUAAAUAAGGUACGUGGGAAGAGACUUCGGCUGGCUUCAUUCAAGUGGGGAAUCUGGAAAGAGAAGGAAUGACUGCACAGAUCUGGUGUUUAUCUGUAUUAUACUAAAUAUUUAUAGCUGGUUUCAUCACUUAAGGAACAAAAUCUCUCCAAGUGAAAUGGAAACAAACCAUCCGGCAGAAUGCUUGAAGCACCAACAGUCACAGCACAGUACUGGAGAGGGACAGAUUGGGUGCCAAGCCCGGCAUCUUUCAGGGAAGGACUGGUGCCCAAAGCAAGCGAAACUGGCGCAGCCCGGAUGCUGGAGGAGCCAAAGCCAGCCCAUUGCAGAACUGCAGUCCCCUGGGCUUCCAACAUUCCCCCCCCCCCCCCAUGAUUAAUAGAUUCAGAGUUGGAAGGGACCCAAGAGGUCAUUGUAAUUGUGAGAGAUGCUGGGAACUGCCAAGUGUGCGUCUUGCCCCAAAAGCCAACUCAAGCAGGCAACCGAGUUUCAGGGUGCAAUGGCGUGUAAGAGACCAACUUAGCAUUCUUGCUCUGCUCUUGACUAGUUAGUGGGGAUGCAACUCUACAGACAAGGGCUCAUGGCUGAACUAGGAUCAGAGAGGCCGUGGUUCAAAGUGCCAUGGAGAAUUGCUAGGUUCCUUAAGCAAGGAGACCAGCCAUAAAUAAGGCCAGGCUCACCCAGCCCAACUCAACCUUGCCUGGGUUUUGAGUUUCUCUGCCCCAUACCAGCCUAGUCCCCCCCCCCCCCCCCCGCACCUCUUCCCUGUCUGGCAUCUGCAUUCCAGGAAAGUCUAAGACGAGGGAGAACAUUUGUGACAGGGUGAAUCUUGAGAAUUGUUGGAAAAUGUGCUCGGAGGACAAGUUCCUAGGAAGGGGCAAAGAUGGAAAGAAAACAACGACACCAACACAACAAAGCCAUGAGAAACCAGUUUUAUUAUUGACAUUAUAGUAUACGUUUUUAAACACAAUGCAAUUAAAGGAGUUCUUUUUUGUCAGUUUUUGUGUGAGAUAAUUUCUAAAAUAUGCAGAAAUCAAGUUACAGAGCUGGCAGGA